AUCCUCACAAUGAUAUCGGAAGACCCGGACUUGUCCCAGUUCUACGCUCUGUUCAAAAGCACAGGAGGCAACAGCGGCAUACCUGGUCCCCCGUUCGAGGAGCGAUUCAACCGUGCCGAGACUCUGGUCCGCUAUACCGUCUUCGCACCAAUCAACAGCGCUUUCGCCAACCUCAACCCUGAAUUGAUCAAAACCCUCACCUCCCCACCUGCCUACCCCUUCCUAGCGUCGAUUCUCAAAACUCACCUCACUGAAGGCGAGCUCUCCUCAAUCAACCUUACCAAUGGCGGCACCUUCACCGCCGUUGAAGGCUUCAAGAUCAAUGUCAGCGCCGCCGAAUCACAAACAGGCAUUUCGAUCAACGGGCAAGCUCGCCUCAUCUCCAGUAUCCCCGUCCAAGCCUCUAACGGUGCCGUCUUCAAAAUCGACGGCAUCGUCGAUCCCUACGCCGACUAUUUCGGGCGCGACAGUUCCUCGCCGCACCCUGCCGAGUCCAAUACCUCGAUGCCCGUCUGCGAUGGUGAUGUAGCAAAUCAGACGAGUAUGGCGGAUGUGCUGAAUAGCACACCGCAGGUAUCGACGUUUAUGCGGUGGUUGGGUGCCGUGGCGCCAGAGUUUGUCACGACGCUGGACUCAAUUCCUAAGGCCGAAGGGGAUGCCAACGAGACGGUUCUAUUUGCACCGUCGAAUACGGCGUUUGCAAACUUGCCGUCCACGGCGGUUGAUAAGGCUCUGGAGCCACAUAACCAGCCACUGACAGCGUGGUUGUUAAAGAAUCAGUUUGUGAGGAUGUCGGGAAGGGCAAACACUAUAUCCAUGUUUGGAUUGCCGCUUGCGACUACGAUGGCGCCAAAUGGGAAUGUGAGUGUGAUUAAUAAUGCUAACGUGGAGAGGGAGAAGGUUUGUUCGUGCAACGGGUGUGUGUAUGUUGUUUCGAAAUGGAUUGAUCCUCUUUUCGGGAUUUUGGGAUUGCAGAAAUAGGGAGGUCGCUUUUGUCGGACCGUACCAGCCGUCCGAUUGCUGGCGAUGGAUGGUAUUGGAUCUUCAAGGGCAUUACAGCUUAUGUUUCCAGUUUGGGAGGCCAUAUGGCCACCUACUGUACCACACAAUUUCUGCGUGUGGUGCAGACAGCGUUCACUUUUCUGUACUUAAGGCCCGUAAGGCCACAUUCAUAUCUUUCAAAUCGAGGAGAUCAGAGACACAUUC